AUGUCCGGGAGAGUUGAAGCCAGCGACAAAACGGCCUGGAUUGGCUCGAAAGCGAAUGCUACAACUGAAACGAGGAGGAAAACAACGAUUUAUAUCGUUUAUCUAAUUGCAGCUUUGGACAUAACCUGGAUGUUUAUACAGUUCUCAAUUACGCCCUAUUUGGCAAGGAAACUGGGCUUUGAUACGUUAUGGUUUGGUUAUUUACAAACCAUGGUCGGUGUCAUUCAGUUGUUUGGCGGUCCUUUGUUUGGACGGUUCGCAGAUGUUAUAGGAGCCCGAGCGGCACUGUCAUUGGCGUGUGCUGCAAAUAUUGUUUUCUUCAUUCUACUGGCUAUUGCAGACUCUCCUGCCAUGCUUUUUGUUCAAAAACUCCCCACAGUUGUCAUGCAUGUCCUACCAGCUUCACAGAUGGUUGUAGCGGACCUUUCUGAACCUGAAAAACGGGCCGAUGCAUUAUCCAAACUGGGUCUUUGUUUCGGUAUUGGGAUGAUAGCUGGCUCCACUAUAGGUGGCCAUCUCGUCACAAGUUAUGGGGAAAGAUUUGCUGCAUACAGCGGUGCUGCAGGGAGCACAUUGAGUUUGCUUUUGGUAUUAAGCUUUAUACCUCAAACCACCAAAGUUCAAAGUGCAGCAGCCAAAAAUGAUUCUGAGAACGAAAACAAAUCCAUAUUUAGCGUGGGCCAGAUCACAAGACUAAUGAAGUUUCCAGGUGUGGCGCAAACAUUUGUUGUGAAGAUUGUUGCAGGUUUACCAUCAGGCAUUUUCCAAGUGAUGUUCUCUAUAAUUGCAUUGGAGGUUUUUAAGUUGACACCUGAAACAAAUGGAUAUAUAAUGGCCUAUUUUGGAAUAGCCCAGAUGGUGGUUCAGGGAGGCGUGAUCGGGCGACUUACAGCAAGAUACUCUGAGAGUUCACUGCUACUAUUGUCAAUUGGAAUUUCUGCUUUAGUGGGCCUGGCUCAGGCGUACAUGCAAAAUGUGUUCCAGUUCUGCCUCACUGUGGUCCCCAUGAUGUUUUCCCUUAGUGUGUUUAAUGUUAUCACAGACAGUUUGCUCACCAAGAGCGUGCCUUCCUCUGACACAGGCACAAUGCUGGGGCUGUGUGCAGCUGUUCAGUCUCUACUUCGUACAGUUGGACCAACCAUUGGCGGUGUUCUCUAUGUGAACUAUGGCCUUUUUUCUAUUGGCUUUCUCCAGUUCAUUGGAAAUAGUGCAGUGUUUUUGUACCUGCUACAGCGUCAAUUGAACAAGAACUCAGAGUAUAAGGAAUGA